AAUCUUGGAAAAUUUCACCAAAAUUAUUUUAUGGAAAAUUAAAAUCCAUCGCGUUCUCUUAUCACCCCCACCGCGUGCUCUGUAGGCCAUGAUCGGCUACGAGUCGGCGCCCAACAGCAUCGACUGGACGUGCGGAGGGUCCCUGAUCUCCAAGAACUACGUCCUCACGGCCGCGCACUGCCUCGCCUCCGGGGAGACGCCGGCGGGGUGGGUGCUCCUGGGCGAGCUGGACCGGUCCAGGGACGACGACGACGCGCUUCCGCAGCGGCUCCGGGUCGCCGACCGCGUCCCGCACCCGGAGUACAAGCCGCCGGCCAAGUACCACGACGUGGCCCUGCUGCGGCUCGAGCGCAACGCCGUCCUCAGUCCCUACGUCCGCCCGGCCUGCCUCGACACCGUGGACCCGGCGGUGACGGCCCGGGCCAAGGAGGUGCCCGUCGCCACCGGCUGGGGCCACAACGCCUGGGGCGGCGACCCGACCGAUCACCUGAACAAGGUGAAGCUGCCCCUCGCGGAGGCGAGCGAGUGCCGGCGGCGCUACUCGAACCUCCCCGCCUACCAGCUGCCGCGCGGCAUCCAGGCCGAGUCGCAGCUGUGCGCGGGCGGCGUCACGGGCAAGGACACCUGCCAGGGCGACUCCGGCGGGCCCCUGCAGCUGCCCACCAGGUGA